AUGUGUUCGUUGGCGAAAGAUUCAAUACUCAAUUUUGAAAAUGAUUCAGACUUUGAUUUUGAUAAACUGCCAAAGAAAACCACCAUUCUUUUUGUUAGUAGCAAAUUUGUCGCUACUAUGAAAAGUAAACCUGACCAAGUUGAAAAAGUUUUUAUUCUGGAAGAAGAUAAGAGUAGAGUUGAUAAUCAAGAACGAUUUGCUACUGGUAAAGAUCUCAUUUUUCUAUUGGCUGAUGCGAUAUAUCGCUGUUAUAACAAAGAAGCAAAGGCAUAUUCUGAAUCUGGUGAUAUGUCAAGUGCAAAUCGAAAAAAAGAAGAAGUCAAUCGAAUUCAUAGUGAAUUGAAAAAGACACAUCAAAGAUUUUUUCGUCGUGAUACUACCAUCAAUACAUCGACUUCUACACUAACAAGAGUUAUUUGGUUGAAAUCGAAAUUAGAAGAUGACGUUGAAAUGAAAAGAUUAAUAAAUCUAUUCGAUGAAAUUGUUUCUUCAUUCUCAGUGUUUGCCAAUCUAUCUGAUUUUCGUGAAUGUUUACACGAAUAUGAAACUUUUGUUCAUAUAUUUCUGAUUAUUGAUGCUGAUUAUGACGAUUUAGUCGUAGCUGAUUUUCACAAGCGUUCGAAUAUUAAAAUCGUCUGUCGUUAUGGGCAAUCAUCAUCGAAAAAUGAAACAACUAUUGAUAAUUAUCCUGAACUUUGCUUACAUUUAACACAUGACCUUAUUACUCAUUACAACAAAUUAGGUACUGAUUAUAGUACCAAAAAAGAUGCAACAACAGCUAAAGAGAUGUUUACUAAAGCACACAAACUUUGUAAAAAAGGCUUGGAAUUUUAA